ACCUUACUCCGUAUAAUGAAGAUGGCGACCCAGACGCUUUGAUCGAAAUUUACAACAACAAAACACUAAUUUUACGCACUUCAGCGAAAUGAAAGUGACUCUAUCAACCCAAGCGUAUUCUAAAAUACUUCUCCACGCCUGCAAGUACCCACAUAAAGCCGUUUGUGGUGUUGUAUUGGCUGGCAAAAAUUGUGUCAGCAAUGUUGAAGUAACGGACGCAAUACCAAUGUUUCAUCUUGGUUUAGGUUUGGUGCCAAUGAUGGAAGUCGCACUUACACAGGUUGAUUCAUAUUGUAAAAGCAAUGGUCUACAGGUAGUUGGUUAUUACCAAGCAAAUCAAUGUCUGGAUGACAAUAGCCCCGAUGUUUUUACUUAUAAAAUUGCAGAAAAAAUACUGGAAAAUUUUAGUUCUGCUUUUAUUCUGAUGGUUGACAAUACAAAGAUGGGCUUUGAAUGUGAAUUUCAGGCACUCAAGUUGUAUCAUAUUCAAGAUAAUAAAUGGAAAUACAAUGAGAAAGAUUUAUCAUUGGCAGAUGAUGAAACAUUGAAUAUUGUUUCCCAACUGAUGAUGGGCAAAGUUUAUCCAAGUCUGGUGGAUUUCGAUAAUCAUUUAGAUGAUAUAACCUUGGAUUGGCUCAAUCCCGAAAUAAACAAAGUUAUUGAAAUUGCAACGACAAACUUACCUGAAUAAUUAAUUAAUUGUUGUGGGCUUUGUUUAUGAAGAAUUUUAAUUUGAUUAUCUGUUUAUUAA